UAACAAACACAUAACCGACUAAGGGGGCAUCCAUGGCUGGUGUUGCAAACAAUGCGUCCACAAGUCCUAAGGAUGAAGAGAAUGAGCUGAGGAAGGGGCCAUGGACGCUUGACGAAGACACCCUGCUGAUACAUUACAUCGCCAACCACGGUGAAGGCCAUUGGAAUGCCUUAGCAAAAUGUGCAGGAUUGAAGAGGACAGGAAAAAGCUGCCGAUUGAGAUGGCUGAAUUACUUGAAACCUGACAUCAAGCGCGGGAACCUUACUCCACAAGAACAACUCAUGAUCCUUGAACUCCAUUCCAAGUGGGGAAACAGGUGGUCGAAAAUAGCGCAACAUUUGCCAGGAAGAACAGACAACGAGAUUAAGAACUACUGGAGAACAAGGGUGCAAAAACAUGCGCGCCAACUUAAUAUUGAGUCUAAUAGCCAAAGGUUUAUUGAUGCAAUUCGAUGCUUCUGGAUGCCGACUUUGCGUCACAAGAUAGAGCAAACUUCUUCACUUAGUUUAGACCAUUCAACUUCUCCUUCCAGUUACUUGACUUCUCAGACCUCUUUAGCUCCUCCUCAAACUUACUCAGUUCCUCCUUCUCCAUCAAGCAAGGUGGUCUCACACGUAUCUGAUUAUUCCCCAGUUGGAAUUUCAAGCCCAAGUCAUAAUAGUCUUACCUCUGAUUCACUUCUGUUACAGCUGCCACGACUUCCAGAACAACCAGCAACUUCAUCCUAUGCCUUUGAAGCUCUAAGUGACAAUCAUUAUGUGGACUAUGACAUGGAGGGUUAUAGCCUCGACCCUGUUCCAGAAAUGGCCUAUUACGAUAGUUCACAGUUUUAUUGCCAGAUGGCAGAAAGCGAUUGGAUAUCUGGUAAUUACAUGACUGACACUAUGGAACAUGCAGGGGAUGUGACAUUUUGAGGAAAGAUAGGGUGUAUUGUACUCUUAAGUG